UAUUGAGCCUAAAGAGCUUAUGGAUCUUAAUAUGUUUUCAGGUGAUGAGUGGAGGCUGGAAUAUGAAGAAGGACUCAGUCACUAUAGUCAGGAAGCACUUAGAAAGGAGUUUCCUGAGAAGACCAGGCCAAUCAGUUUCAAACACCCACCUUUCAUGUGUCCUGACAUGAGCCCCUCCUCUUCUGUGCCCACCUCAGUUGAGCUGGUGAAGGCUGCGGAUAUUAAAGUGAUCACUGCCCUUGGGGAUUCAUUGACGACAGCAAUUGGUGCAAAUGCAACCACAGUUCUUGGCAUACCUAUUGAAUUUCGUCACGUGUCUUGGAGCAUUGGUGGCUACGGAACCUUUCAAGAUGUCAUUACCCUUGCAAACAUCAUUCGACUCUUCAACCCCCAUUUAGUGGGACCCGCCCCAACUAAGACGGUCCAUGGGACCCCGGCUCCCCUCUGCGAGACUGGAUUUAACCUGGCUGUAACGGGACACAACACCUUUAAUCUUCCUGAACAAGUCAGACAUUUGAUUGAUACUCUAAAAAGAUAUGAGGAUGUUGACUUUGAUGAGGACUGGAAACUGUUGACUAUUCUAAUUGGGAUGAAUGACAUCUGUGAUUACUGCAAAGACAAGGCAUUGCUUACAAAGCUGUUUCUUUGGCAAACUACAGACAGAAGAUUCUUCUACAGUAUUGACACAUUUUGUUCGCAAUGUCAAAGCAGAAAGAGGAGGCUUAAAAUAAAUGUUAAAUUGUGAACGUAUAGAUGCUUGU